CGCGUUCACUUGUCGCCCAUUAAACUGUCACCACUUGACUGAAGAACUUCAAGAACACUGUGUCGGUUUAAUAUCCACUUAAACACGGAUAUAAUACCCUGACAACUCAAAGAUGUGGAAGUCAGUCGUGGGCCACAAUGUGAACGUGAAGGUGUCUACAGAGGGGGAAGACUGGGAGACAGACCCUGACUUUGAGAAUGAUAUAUCCGAGCAGGAGCAGAGGUGGGGAUCAAAGAGUGUGGAGGGUUCAGGACGGCAGGAGCACAUCAGUAUUGCAGAUCUCAGAAACAAAGUGGCUGCGGAGCACGAGCAGGGGAAGAAGAAGGAGCACACUCCCAAAGCCUCGUACGGAUAUGGAGGGAAGUUCGGAGUCGAAAAGGACCGAAUGGACAAGGCGGCUUUGGGGCACGACUAUGUAGCACAAGUGGAGCAGCACUCCUCUCAGAAAGAUGGGGCACAAGGUUUCGGUGGGAAAUACGGUGUUCAGAAAGAUCGAGUCGACAAGUCGGCCAUGGGCUUUGAAUACAAAGGAGAGGUACAGCAACACACAUCUCAGAAAGAUUACUCAAAGGGAUUCGGAGGAAAGUACGGUGUGGAGAAGGAAAAAGUGGACAAGUCAGCUUUGGGGUACGACUACAAAGGCCAGACAGAGAAGCACCAGUCACAAAAAGAUUAUGCUAAGGGCUUUGGAGGAAAGUACGGCGUGGAGAAGGAGAAGAUGGACAAAGCCGCUUUGGGGUACGACUAUAAAGGAGAAACAGAGAAGCACCAGUCACAGACAGAUUAUUCAAAAGGAUUUGGAGGGAAGUUUGGUGUUGAGAAGGAGAAAGUGGAUAAAUCUGCUUUGGGCUAUGAUUAUAAGAGCGAGACGGAGAAACAUCAGUCACAAAAAGAUUAUUCAGCAGGUUUUGGAGGUCGUUAUGGAGUUCAGGCUGACCGCAUGGAUAAGAGUGCAGCCGGCUUCUCAGACAUGGAUUCCCCUUCCUCUGCGUAUGAAAAGACACAACCAUUAGAGGCCUCAAGCGCAGGCGCAGGGAAACUGAAGGCACGUUUUGAGAACAUGGCGAAGGCUUCAGAUGAAGAGAACAAGAAGAAAGCAGAAGAAGAGAGAGCGAGGAGACAAGCCAGAGAGAGCAACGAGCGGGAGGCUGCCAAACGCAGACAAGAGGAGGAGAGCAGAAGAGAGGAGGAAAUCCGUCCACCACCUGUUCCAGAUGUGGCUCCAGAGGUGGAGGAUGAAAUGCCGCCACCAGAUAUCCAACACCACAUGCCAGAGAUACAAGAAAUACCUGAACCAGAGGAGGAAUCAGUGUACGAGGAGCCCCCGGACCUGCCCCCGCGCUCAGAGGAUUCCAACUCCCUGGAGGGCCCCCCACCCCCCGACAUGUUUGCAGAUGUGGAGGAGGAGGACGAUGAAGGAGAGUACGAGGAACUCGCUGACCCGCCUCCUCCUGCACCCCCAGGUCUGUCUGCAGAUGUGGAGGAGGAUGAGGAUGAGGAUGAGGGAGAGUACGAGGAACUCGCUGAUCCGCCUCCUCCUGCGCCCCCAGCCGAAGAUAAUGACUAUGAAGACCUGUCGACUGGCCAGACUGCUGUAGCAAUUUAUGACUACGAAGGAGAGGCUGAUGAUGAGAUCUCCUUCAACCCAGAUGAUGUCAUCACCAACAUCGAGAUGAUUGACGAGGGCUGGUGGAAGGGACAUUGUCGCGGUCGCGUUGGUCUCUUCCCCGCCGCUUAUGUUCAGCUGUCGCAGUGAGGAAAUGAUCAGGGAGGUUUUGAACAAGCUUAACUUAAACAGUUAUGUUUCUAAGGAUGUGCAGCAAAGGGAAAUAUUAGUUUUUAUAGAAUAAAUCACACAAUAACAGAGCCAAAAUGGCUUCUGAGACGAUUUCUAUAUUUUUAUUGUGUAAUAUCUACCUUCGGGUCAGUGUAAAUGAGUAUCUAACAGUGUGAUGAUAUUAGUGGUAAGAAGUUUCAUUUUCUUCAUGAGAUUAACUGAUUUCAAUCACUCAAAUAUUCUACAGGCAACAUUCUUUGGGUUGUUUAUAUGCUAACAGCUUGUCUUAGUUAAUUUUGAAAUGAUUAACAAUUUUCAGUAAUGUCAGGGCUAUUAUCUUCUAGCUCAAGAAAAGUAAAGUAUUGUGAUCAUAUUGUCAUUAUUUGACAUAAUUCUGCUCUCCAAAUAAAUGUCCUAAAGCAACGUGUUGAAAAAUGAAGAAAAACCUUUAAUUAAAGUCUGUUUUACAAGU